UCUGUGCCGCUGCAGGUGCCAGAGGACUUCAUCUCUCGGGAGCUCUUUGACACCAUCCAGGUGUAUGUCAUCACGAAGCCCGAGCUGCAGAACAAGCUGAUCACCGUGACAGCCAUGGAGAAGAAGCUGAUUGGCUGCCCUGUCUGUAUAGAGCACAAGAAGUACAGCCGAAACGCUCUGCUCUUCAACCUGGGCUUCGUGUGCGAUGCCAGAGCCAAGGCCUGUGCGCUGGAGCCCAUAGUGAAGAAGCUGGCUGGCUACCUCACCACCCUCGAGCUGGAAAGCGGCUUCAUUUCCAAUGAGGAGAGUAAACAGAAGCUGGUUCCCAUCAUGACCAUCCUGCUGGAGGAGCUGAACGCCAAAGGAAAGUGCACCCUGCCCAUAGAUGAGUCAAACACCAUCCACCUGAAGGUGAUCGAGCAGCGCCCGGAUCCCCCCAUCGUGCAGGAGUACGACGUCCCUGUCUUCACCCAAGACAAGGAUGACUUCAACUCCCAGUGGGAUCUCACCACGCAGCAGAUCCUGCCCUACAUCGAUGGCUUUCGUCAUGUCCAGAAGAUUUCUGCAGAAGCCGACGUGGAGCUGAACUUGGUGCGCAUUGCCGUGCAAAACCUGCUGUACUACGGGGUCGUCACGCUCGUCUCCAUACUCCAGUACUCCAACGUCUACUGCACCACGCCAAAGGUGCAGGACCUGGUGGAUGACAAGUGCCUCCAGGAAGAGUGUCUGUCCUACGUCACCAAACAAGGACACAAGCGAGCCAGCCUCAGGGACGUCUUCCAGCUGUACUGCGGGCUGAGCCCUGGCACAACGGUGCGAGACCUCAUCUCCCGCUACACCCUGCAGCUUCAGAGAGUGGACGAGAGGAGGCUCAUCCAGUUUGGCUUGAUGAAGGGCCUUAUCCGUCGGCUCCAGAAAUACCCUGUCAAGGUUACCCGGGAUGAGCGGAGCCACCCAGCCCGGCUGUACACGGGCUGCCACAGCUACGAUGAGAUCUGCUGCAAGACUGCCUUCAAACCGCAGGGAGACGGGACUCUGUGCUGGGCUCUGUGCUGA